GCUGCUGUUGAGUACAUUUGCCAUCAAGUCUGCAGCAGCCGGCGACUGAGUGGGGCGUGUUUGUGUGUCUACAUGUGCGAGUGUGUGCAAACACACCGCUCAGGCUUCAUCUGUGCUGCCGAGAGGAGACUCGAGAGUCGCAGACUGCACAUCCUCUGGGAUUUAGGAAAGCAACAAAAGAAGAGAUGCCAGCCAAAAGCUUCACCUGUAGAGCUGAUGCCGCCACAAGUUUUCUUCGAGCUGCCCGAUCAGGGAACUUGGACAAGGCUUUGGACCACUUGAAGAACGGUGUAGACAUUAAUACAGCCAAUCAGAAUGGCCUCAAUGGGCUUCAUCUGGCUUCCAAAGAAGGACAUGUCAAAAUGGUGUUGGAGCUGCUGCACAAUGGAAUCACACUGGAGACAACAACCAAGAAAGGGAACACUGCACUCCACAUUGCCGCCCUGGCUGGCCAAGAGCAAGUGGUGACAGAGCUGGUAAAUUAUGGUGCCAAUGUGAAUGCACAAUCUCAGAAAGGCUUCACACCUCUUUACAUGGCUGCACAAGAAAACCAUCUCGAAGUGGUCAAGUUCUUGUUGGAGAAUGGAGCCAAUCAGAACAUUGCAACAGAGGAUGGCUUUACUCCACUGGCUGUCGCUCUCCAGCAGGGUCACGAAAAUGUUGUGGCAUUGCUCAUCAAUUAUGGAACCAAAGGGAAAGUACGGCUGCCAGCACUGCAUAUAGCUGCUCGAAAUGAUGACACGAGAACUGCAGCUGUGCUGCUUCAAAAUGAUCCCAAUCCUGAUGUCCUGUCCAAGACCGGAUUCACGCCCUUACAUAUUGCAGCUCAUUAUGAAAACCUGAAUGUAGCACAGCUUCUGAUCAACAGGGGCGCCAAUGUUAAUUUCACUCCAAAGAAUGGAAUCACUCCUCUUCACAUUGCAUCACGUAGAGGGAAUAUAAUCAUGGUGAGACUCCUGCUGGACAGAGGUGCUCAGAUUGACGCCAAGACCAAGGAUGAAUUGACACCUUUACACUGUGCGGCACGGAAUGGGCAUGUCAGAAUCAUUGAGAUCCUUUUGGACCAUGGUGCACCAAUCCAGGCCAAAACCAAGAAUGGGCUCUCUCCAAUACACAUGGCAGCACAAGGAGAUCAUCUUGAUUGUGUGCGGCAGCUCCUUCAGUAUAAUGCUGAUAUUGACGAUAUCACUUUAGAUCAUCUGACUCCACUACAUGUGGCAGCACACUGUGGGCAUCACAGAAUGGCUAAAGUUCUUUUGGACAAGGGUGCCAAGCCCAAUGCCCGUGCACUGAAUGGAUUCACUCCGCUACACAUCGCCUGCAAAAAGAACCAUAUUCGAGUUAUGGAGCUGCUGCUGAAACACUCUGCAUCACUUGAGGCUGUAACAGAGUCAGGUUUGACACCGCUGCAUGUAGCAUCCUUUAUGGGAAACCUUAACAUAGCCAAAAUUCUGCUGCAGAGAGGAGCCUCUCCUAAUGUUUCCAAUGUGAAAGUGGAAACACCACUGCACAUGGCAGCCCGUGCUGGACACAAUGAGGUGGCUAAGUUCUUACUGCAAAAUAAAGCGCAGGCGGAUGCAAAGGCCAAGGAUGACCAGACGCCAAUGCACUGUGCUGCACGGAUGGGGCACCAUGAAAUGGUACAGCUGUUACUGGAAAAUAAAGCCAACCCCAAUUCAGCCACCACUGCUGGGCACACACCACUACACAUUGCUGCUCGUGAAGGUCAUGCACAGACUACUGAAAUCCUACUGGAUGGACAGGCUCAACAGACAAAAAUGACCAAGAAAGGUUUCACACCCCUGCAUGUAGCAGCAAAAUAUGGAAAAGUAGAUGUGGCAGAGCUCCUCCUGGACAGGGGAGCCAAUCCCAACUCUGCAGGCAAGAAUGGACUAACUCCUCUGCAUGUCGCUGUGCAUCACAACAAUUUGGACAUGGUCAGAUUACUGCUGAGCAAAGGAGGGUCACCACACAACAUUGCAAGGAAUGGCUACACCCCACUCCACAUAGCAGCCAAGCAAAAUCAACUGGAGGUAGCCAGCAGUUUACUGCAGUAUGGAGCUUCUGCAAACUCAGAAUCCAUGCAAGGGAUCACACCACUUCAUCUUUCAGCCCAAGAGGGCCGACCCGAGAUGGUGGCAUUGCUUAUCUCCAAGCAAGCCAACGUCAACCUUGGGAAUAAGAGUGGGCUAACACCUCUCCAUUUGGUGGCUCAGGAAGGUCAUGUCCCCAUCGCUGACAUACUAGUCAAGCAGGGAGCUUCUGUCUAUGCAGCAACAAGGACAGGAUAUACACCCCUCCACAUAGCUAGCCACUAUGGAAACAUAAAAAUGGUGAAGUUUCUUUUGCAAAACCAAGCUAACGUUAACUCAAAGACAAAGAUGGGUUACACAGCACUACACCAAGCAGCUCAGCAAGGACAUACUGAUAUUGUCACUCUACUUCUGAAGCACGGAGCAUCUCCUAAUGAGACCACAACGAGUGGUACCACUGCACUUGCUAUUGCAAAGAGACUUGGCUAUAUCUCUGUGAUCGAUGUGUUGAAAAUUGUCACAGAAGAAACCAUGUCAGUGAUGACUAUAGAGAAGCACAGAAUGAGCUUUCCAGAAACAGUUGAUGAAAUCUUAGAUGUUUCUGAAGAUGAAGGAAUUGCGCAGCUCACUCUAGGUGAGGAGCUUCUAGUAGCACCCUAUCCAAAGCUAGAUGAGCUGAAGGAUCAUGAUGAUGAUUUCCUUUCUCCGAAAAAGUCUCUUGACUUUGAGAGUGGACUUGGACCAACCUCUUACUCUCCUCCCAUUCCCAGAAUCCCCUGUGUCUCACCAGAGACUGUCAUCCUUAAGGAACAGGAUAUGCUGCAUGGCGAGCAGCAAACACCACUACCACCAUCAAAAGAAUAUGAUGAAGAUUCUUUAAUUCCCAGUAGCCCUGCUACUGAAACCUCAGAUAAUGUCAGUCCUGUGGCAAGUCCCAUCCACACUGGCUUCCUGGUCAGCUUCAUGGUGGAUGCUCGAGGAGGCUCUAUGCGUGGUAGCCGUCACAAUGGUCUGCGUGUGAUUAUUCCUCCCCGCACCUGUGCAGCACCCACUCGUAUCACAUGCCGGCUAAUCAAACCACAGAAACUCUCAGUCCCACCUCCUCUUGUGGAGGGCGAGGGCCUUGCAAGUCGUAUCAUCUCUUUAGGCCCUGCAGGAGCCCAGUUUUUGGGGCCAGUGAUUGUAGAAAUACCCCACUUUGCAUCUCUGGGACGAGGAGACAGGGAACUUGUGGUUCUGAGGAGCGAGAGUGGCUCCAUUUGGAAGGAGCACCGUAAUCGAUAUGGGGAAGAGCUGCUGGAGACAAUCCUCAAUGGCAUGGAUGAAGACCUGGAGAGCCAAGAUGAGCUGGAUAAAAAGAGAAUUCGCAGAAUCAUCUCAACCGACUUUCCCCUCUACUUUGCUGUGGUUUCUCGAAUUCAACAGGACAGUGAUUUUAUUGGCCCAGAAGGGGGCUUGAUCAACAGCAGGCUUGUCCCUUUGGUACAAGCCACAUUCCCUGAAACUGCUGUCACCAAACGGGUUCGACUUGGCCUCCAGGCCCAACCUGUUCCCGAUGAACUGGUAGCCAAGCUUUUAGGGAAUCAAGCUACUUUCAGCCCAGUGGUGACUGUGGAGCCAAGGAGAAGAAAAUUUCACCGGCCAAUUGGUUUGCGCAUCCCCUUGCCGCCAUCAUGGAGGGAAAGCCCAAGAGAUUCAGGAGAGGGAGAUACCACCAGUUUGCGGCUAUUAUGCAGUGUAAUUGGUGGUACCGCACCUGCUCAGUGGGAAGAUAUCACAGGAACUACCAAACUUAUCUAUGCCAAAGACUGUGCCAACUUCACCACCAACGUCUCUGCACGGUUCUGGCUAGCUGAUUGUCCACGUACAGCAGAGGCUGUGACAUUUGCUAAUCUGCUAUACAAGGAACUCUCAGCUGUGCCUUACAUGGCAAAGUUUGUGGUAUUUGCCAAAAUGAAUGAGGCACGGGAAGGCCGGCUACGCUGCUACUGUAUGACUGAUGACAAGGUGGACAAGACUUUGGAGCAGCAUGAGAAUUUUUCAGAGGUAGCACGCAGCCGAGACAUAGAGGUUCUAGAGGGAAUGCCGCUUCAUCUAGAGUGUUCAGGAAACCUGGUCCCAAUACGUAAAGCCACCCAGCAACCACGAAGCUUCAGCUUUCAGGCAUUUCGAGAUAAUAGGCUUCCAGUGUCUGUCAAGGUGCGGGACAGCAGCAAAGAUCCUUCAGGGUUCCUCUCAUUCCUACGGAAGCCAACGAAAUAUGAAGAUAAUCAGCAUGUCCUGUGCAACUUGAACAUCACUAUGCCACCAUGUACCAAGACAGUGGGCAGUGAAGACAGGAGACGAACCCUAACACCACUGGCACUGCGGGAGCGGUAUAGUGCCUUGAAUGAGCCAGCCAUGGCCUCUAUGAGUGCCAUGGAGAGAACUGAAUUGAAGAUGGCAUUAAUAUCAGAACAACUGGGCCUCAGUUGGGCAGAGCUGGCCAGAGAGCUACAGUUCAGUGUGGAUGACAUCAACAAGAUUAGAGUGGAAAAUCCCAAUUCCUUAUUGGAACAGAGCUCUACCCUGCUGAACCUUUGGGCCACACGUGAAGGAAAAAGAGCUAAGAUGGAGAGCUUGUUUGCAGCCUUGAAAAACAUUGACAGGACUGAUAUCGUCAACAUGUUAGAAGGAUCAGGAUCCCAACCACGUGUGCUCAAAGAGAGUCGGAGACAGUCAGAUAGAGACCACCUUCUGUCACCUUCCAUGAUGAAUGGUUACUCUCCGGCUCAGGAUGAGCUCCUCUCCCCUGCUUCAAUGCAGUACAGUCUCCCAUCCCCACUGGGUGCUGACCCAUACUGGCAGGAGGUUUCGAGCCUUGAAUGUGCUCCAAUUGCCACCACGGAAGAAGAUACCCUAAUGGAGAUGUCGGACGUUCAUGUGUGGCCCUCUGGGGCAAGCCCAUCACUAGUGGUGGUAGAGGACUCUUCGCUGGAGUGCAGUAAUGCAGAGGAUUCAGAUGCCACACUAGAAGGGAGGGCCAUCAGCAGCUCACUGGACCUUGUUGAGGAUGAGGUGGUGGAUUUGGACCUAGCCUCCAACGGGCUGGACCAGGGUCAGAGGUCAGAGGUCAGAAGGUUGGAACAGGAGGACAAGUUGCAAGAGCUAUCAGAACAGGCCACAGCCACAGAGCUCAGUACCGAGGAUGGACUUUCUCUUAUUUCAGGACAGCAGCAGCGGGUGUAUGCUCGGCUCAGCAAUUCUCCCAUUCUCAGUCGAGUCCCAGAGAGGAAUGGAGAGAGGUCUUUGGACAAGUCUGGCAUGGGAUCCUUCCUGUCCUACAUACAGGAUCAGUCAGUAGCUUCUUGGCAAGCUGUCCCAGAGUCAUCACACAGCUGGUCUCAGCCACAUUUGACAGAGACCUCUAUGUUAGGGGGGCAGACUGUGGACUCUGGACACCCACGGGUGUCACAGGAGUCAUUACUCCAGUCUGUCCGAGACAUGGGCCAUUCUGAGAUACUGCAUGGGCAUUAUUUUGGUCCACAGUCCUUUGAAAAAGGUCUGGGAUUUCAACACAGAGAUGAUGAGUUUAGAACAUGGAUGUCAACAGCUGAAGAUCGACUGCGAGGGACCUUUCAGGGAGAUGAAGUGGAGGACAUUCCAGAGGAGCAGGUUAGUGAGGAGCAAUUCACUGACGAACAUGGGAAUAUCGUCACCAAAAAGAUUGUGCGAAAGGUGGUGCGAACUGUGAAAACUUCAAAUGAACCGGAGGAAAAGGAAGUUAGUAUAGAAGGUGCCUUGCAGGAGCCAGCCGAGCUUGAAGCAGAAGCUGAGCAGUUGAUGAAUUAUGCCAUUCUAAGGCGGGAUAACAGCAACAAGUCUGAGGUAAAGGAAGGAAAGAAAGGUGCUCAAAUUGUGAAGUGUGCCAGUGUGAGACGGGUAAAGCAGUGAGGCACAGGCGGACAAACAGACCAGGACAUCACAUCCACCCCUAAAUAAAUGACAGAACAAACAAUGUGAUUUUUGGACAAAGUGGAGAAAAUAGGAAGAUCCCAAACAAAUGAAGGAGUGGGAAAAUAAACAAACAAUCCAAGAAGAAUAAGAGAAAUAUAGACAAGCUGAAUCAGGAUCUGCUUACAGUUUUGUUAUAUUAUUUUUUUAAAUAGGCUAGAGGCAUGAAUUCUUUACCAAAAGAGAGCUUCCUGUAUCCUGCAUCAGCAUGACAGACUGCCAAAGCAUGACAUUUAAUACCCCAAUGCCUGAGGGUGUGUGUGUGUAUGUGUGCGUGUGUGUGCGUGUGACUGUGAGAAGAAGGGUAGGGGUGGUGGGGAGAUUCUAGGACCAUUUUAAUAAAUGAGAAGUCCUCCCAUGCCUCGAGUAGCCAGCUCUUUGGUGUUGUGUCCAGCCACUCAAAGGCCCUUACACCUGCCUUUUGGGAACAGAAUAAUCCUGUCUGUCAACCACUUGUUACGAGUGUUUUCAUAGUACUCAAUAUUGGUUAAUAUUUGGCCGUCAAAAAGAAAAACAUUGGAUCCCAUACAAAUAGGGGGAUGGUGCUGAGGAUGGGAUUCUGCUUAAUAGGCUGUUAUGUCUUCCCUGAAAUCAUUUUUUCAAUUGAAACCUGGGACAUUCAUUUUGUUAAUCGAGGGGCUGGGGUUGGAAAUCUAAACCUUCCCUUUAAACAUUUUCUUAUUUUGGGAUUGCUGAGGAAAUUCGUAGUCUGCCCUUGCAUCUUCCUUAUCGAGACUCUUGACUAUAAAAAAAAGGACACCAUUCCUUAAUCUCUUAGGCACCUCCUGACAGGAUAGGGAAGGAAAGAAGGUUAUCAGCUGAAAGACUUCUUCACUGGAAACAGAAUCAUUAAGUUGUUACAGUUUUGGCUAUACUAACUCUGCCUUUUACAUCCUGUAGUUUCGCUCUCACACAAAUGUGAUGAGAGAGCAACACAACUUGGCUUUAUCUAAUGUUUAAAUUGGACACGUCCAUGGCUGUUCUGAUGUCAUCUCCUAGUCAAAUUUUUGAUUUUUAUAUUUUACCCAAACAGAUGUUGCUUUUAAUGGGUUAUCCUAGAGUUUUCUACUUUUAGGAAAGCAGCACAGCAUGAUCUGAUGUUCUACUAUGGCCAAUGUAGCUAUUAUGCUUAAGUGUAGACAUCGGACGGGAGCUGACCUUCCCAAACCAGAGGCACAAAUACUUGGUGUUAAGAUAACAUUUGCAAAUAUUCCAUGUGGAGCUUUUGGAGCCGUUUUGGCUUUAUUUUUUUUUUUUACUACACUUCUGAUAUAAUUUUAAGACUGGAUCAUAUGACUAUAUCAAAGUUUCCUGUUGAUUGUAUCACAAAUGCUGGAUAAUUUUUUGUAUGAACAUAGUAUUUAAAAAGUUAAAUAUGCUGAGGGCAGAGAUGAGCUAAGUGGACCGAAUCUCCAUCUAUUUCUUUAUUCACUAUGCUGUUUUUCAAGGUAUUAGUUGUCUUCCACAGCCUCCUAACCCAGAAUGUCUGAGGCUGCUGUAUUUGUAUCCACAGACAGAAUGGGCGGUGGUGCUUUCUUCCUGAUUCCUGCCAGGUUGCUCAAUUAUUUUUCACUCCCCAGAACUCCUACCUGAACAGAGUUGUUUUUAAGGAGCCUCUGAGUCCUUUGACUUGCAAUGUGUUACAAUAAGAAAAAAAAAAUGCAUGACUUCUAAUUGUCUAAAAUGUCACUUGCAUGGCAGACUACGUCUAUCCUCCUGCUGCAUCUAAUGGGACACUGCAAGUACACCCAGUUGUUGCCAUGAUGCCUAUCUGUAGUAAAUCAUUUUGCCCAUUUUGAGCUUUGUUUAAAGGUUAAGGAAGACAAACAAAAAAGGCCAGAUGUGUCCAGACUCAGGAGUCAGCUGGUAACAGCAACUGCAGCAAUCAAGCACUGUGACCGCAGAUCAUAUCGACCCCACUACUGUGAUUCAGGAUGCUGGACCGACCCAUAGGGAGCAGGGGGGACCGUGGUCAGGGAGAGGGGAUGAGUUGCUACACCACUCAUCGUGCUCACACUGAUCUGCUGAGCUUUUGGCCUGAAUACUGUUUUUGGGUUGGGUUUUUUUUUUUCACAGCAAUAAUAUGUAGGAAAUCCCUGCACUUUUCAUCCUUGUGCUUCCAUUCUUGACACAGUCAGGGCUUUUUCAUCCAAAAAAAAAAAAAGAAAAAAAAAGCAAAGUAAAAAAGGUAAGGAAAGAGGGGCAGCUAAAUAUAACAGUAAAAUACAAACUCGAAAACCUACUCUCACCAUCUGGAGCCUGCAGACCAGUGCUGGGUCUGGUGAGCCAACACUGGAGGUGGGUGCUGUAUGGCAAAGCAAACUUUUUUAAGUAAAAGAAGAACAAAUUUUCCUUUCUCAAAUUUAUUUAUGACCUGUUUGAGGGUAACAGGGACUUAAUAUCGGAGAAUGAUAGUAAACAAAAUAUUAGGCAUUUUUAACUGAGGUUUGCUGAUGCACAGUUCUAUUUUGUAGAUAACAUGAAGAGCACUGCAAAUGGGGCAAGUCAAAGAACCCUUAUCCAGAUAAUCUGAAUAUCUUUAGCCCCCUAUAACCACCAUUCCCACCUGCAUAAUGAUGGCUACAGGGUUACCGAAACAAAGUACAUCAGGAAGAACUUCCAUUAGAGGAGUGCAAAAUAUCAGGAACUCCUAAGGAGGAAGAGAAAGACUGGAUCACAAUCCAGCAUUCUGCCAAGAAACAGAAAUUAUUUUUAUUUUGAGUGCUGAUUGUUUUUCUUGCAUUGCAGAGAAAAAGAAAAUGCACCCUCAAACCAUCUUAAUUAAACCAAGCAAGAGUCUCAACUGGGGUUUAACAAAAAGCCAAGAUGGCACUAUAUUAUGUCCUCCAAGGAGGCAAGAAAAAAUUGCACUGACCAUAAUUUUCUUGGAGCUUUUCCUCAGUCCAGAGGAUAUUUUUUCUUUUUGUUUUCUUUCUUUUUCCUUUAAGUUAUCUGUUUGAAUAUCUUUUUUUUAAUAUUAUUAUUUUCCUCUUUUAAUGUAGAGGUAAAAUGGAGUGAGGUUCCCCUAAGCUAGUCAAGUUCUGUUACCCGUGACGAGCAUAGAUUAGCACAAUCAGCAAAAAACAGAAGGUGCAAAAAGAUUGUCUUUUUUUAGUAGUUAUUUUAAACAGCCUUAUGAUCUGACAGAUGGGGAGUAGAGAUCAGAGAUGCAUCAUAAGCUGAGGAGGGGGGCAUCAAAACUAAUUAACCUUGGUAGUGUAAGCAGCUUGCAGUUCUCAUUGGCAUUUUAGGAAAAUCGUGAAAUGGCCAAAGUGGAAAUAGAAUCCAUUCAGCAAUUACGUAUUUUACUAGACUCUUUGCUUUGUCACACAGAGUUGGAUUUGUAGGUUUCAAUACAAUUUAUGCAGAAUACUAAACACCAAGUGGCACUUCAGGUGCCUUCUGUAACUCACGUUACACGGCCAAUAAGCUUUUAUUUUGUAGCUGAAUGCAAGAUGGGCUUAAAUUUCCUUUGUAAUGAAGGAAUUUCAAUUCUGAAGAUCGGUCUUUUUCUGUUCAAGCAACUGGCACCAAUGUUAUCAUGCAGUCUGAUCUUCCAGGCCUUCAGGCUCCUCCAUGGCUGGCAGAGAAGGGGCGGAGACGGAGAAAUUAAGUUGUCAGGAUCUAUUAAAGAAAUGCUGUGACAAUAAAUAAAAGCAAACAUUCUUUUCCAGCAGUGCAUUAAUAGUCUGGGGUGUCUUGUGUUAACCAUGCAGUAAGAGCGUGUGGGUUGUUUGUUCUACAUUGCAUUAAAGAAUCCAUCACGUUGAUUGCCAUCCAUUUCUUCCUUUAUUUAAUUAAUUAGGGACAGAAUGGAAGAAGUCUGGAGUUCUGUAUUCAGAUCCCAGUCCACUCACCAUCGCUGUAAAGCCUGCCAACUUAUUCCUGUAUUCAUGCACGUUUCUCACAGUGCUCAGGCCCGACUGCAAUCCCGGCUGACAUGCCAUCUGCAUUUCAUGUUCACAAAGUUCUCCAGUUUUCUCUAAAAUUGAAAGACGCACAGUCGCAUUGAAUAGAGGCUCUAAUUUGGGCUGCAGUGAAUCCUUUGAAAAGGCACCCCAUCCAGUACUGGUUCCUGCCUUAUAUCUAGCAGUGCCAGUCCCUGAUCACCAUAAACUGAAUGAAGCCAGUGAUAAACCAAAAGUUGCCUGUGAGUACUCGAGCCUAUGGUUCAGUAUCAAGUUAAUAUAGAAUCACGGAGUUUGUACUCUGAUUUGAUUAAAACAGCAGGGGGUACUGCACCGCCACCAUAAACUCGCUCUUGAUCUUUGGCCCUGGAGGGCUGACGGCAGCAGCAGCUUUGACCAGAUGUUCCCUUUUAUCUGGCAGCACUCCAGUAACAAUUACACCAUCUAGGAAACAUUAGGAAAGCAACAUGAAGAGAAGGACCUCAUGAAUAUUUAAAAGAAGGUUGGGAUUGAACUUUACUACAGAAGUCAAAAAGGAAAUUUAAUGUGAAUACUGGACUUUAGUGGUUUCUGGGAUGAUUUUUUUUUUUUUUUGCUUUUUUCUAAUACCUCAAUUUUCAUUGGCUGUGAUAUUUUUGGGUAAACUCCUUUCUGCUCUUUUGCGUUCUACAGAUGCGACUAUGCACCGACGGUAUUGCAGUGUUGAAGUGCAGGAGAUGGUGAGAUUUGGUUUCACGUUGAUAGUUCUAACAUCACAACCAUUUGUGAAAGGGAGGGUGGCCGUGGAUGGCGAGCUGGAAAGCACACAUCUUGAUCAAAGCCCAAGACUGUCUGACACGCCUGUCACUGGGCUGGAGGGACCGCUGAAUUGAAUUAAACAGGAUAUAAUUCAUUGAGUGUCUUGUCCCCU